GGGCGCACCCGGGAGGAGCCGCUCCCUGCAACCGGCCCGGGCCCCGGGCUCCCCCUUCGGGAGCAUCUGCGCGCUGGGGCGGCGCUCAGUGUCCUCGGCGGCCGCAGGUGCCGCCUGCCUGCCCCGCGCGCACCGCCCCGCGCCCCGCGCCCCGCGCCCCGGCUGGGCCAGAGCUCCCGGCCCACUGCGCCUCCCGCCGCUUCUCGACCGGCCCCUGCCUGCAUGCACCUCGGGAGCAAGCACAGGGCUGAGCUUCCAGAGAGGCGCGAAGAUAUUUAGCUAAGGUUUCAGGACCUUUUUUGAGAGAAGAUGAGUAUGUCUGCCAGGAUAAUGUAACUGGAGGGUCCAGGUUUGUGCCGACUCAGCCAUGGGAGCCAACACUUCAAGCAAAGCUCCAGUGUUUGAUGAAAAUGCAGACGUCACCUUUGACCACUUUGAAAUUUUGCGAGCCAUUGGGAAAGGCAGUUUUGGAAAGGUCUGCAUUGUUCAGAAGAAUGAUACCAAGAAGAUGUAUGCCAUGAAGUACAUGAACAAACAGAAGUGUGUUGAGCGAAACGAAGUGAGAAAUGUCUUCAAAGAACUGCAGAUCAUGCAGGGACUGGAGCAUCCUUUUCUGGUUAAUUUGUGGUACUCCUUCCAGGAUGAGGAGGACAUGUUCAUGGUGGUGGACCUCCUGCUGGGCGGGGACCUGCGUUAUCACCUGCAGCAGAACGUGCGCUUCCAGGAAGACACUGUGAAGCUCUUCAUCUGUGAGCUGGCCCUGGCCUUGGACUACCUGCAGAGUCAGCGCAUCAUUCACAGGGAUAUGAAGCCUGACAAUAUCUUGCUUGAUGAACAUGGACAUGCACACAUCACCGACUUCAACAUUGCUGCCAUGCUGCCCAAGGAGAUGCGAAUUACCACCAUGGCUGGCACCAAGCCUUACAUGGCUCCUGAGAUGUUCAACUCCAGAAGAGAGGCAGGCUACUCCUUUGCUGUUGACUGGUGGUCCCUGGGGGUGACCGCGUACGAGCUACUGAGAGGCAGGAGACCAUAUCACAUUCGCUCCAGUACUUCCUGCAAGGAAAUUGCACAUAUGUUUGAGACGGCCAUUGUGACUUAUCCUUCAUCCUGGUCACAGGAAAUGGUGUCACUUCUUAGAAAGCUACUUGAACCUAAUCCAGACCAACGGUUUGCUCACUUGUCUGACAUUCAGAACUUCCCCUAUAUGUGUGACAUGAACUGGGAUGCAGUUUUGCAGAAGAAGCUUGUUCCAGGCUUUAUCCCUAAUAAAGGCAGGCUGAAUUGCGACCCCACCUUUGAACUUGAAGAAAUGAUUUUGGAGUCCAAACCCCUUCAUAAGAAAAAGAAACGCCUGGCAAAGAAGGAGAAGGAGAUGAAGAAAUGCGAGUCCACUCAGAUGUGCCUUCUCCAAGAACAUCUGGAAUCUGUCCAGAAAGAGUUCAUCAUUUUCAACAGAGAAAGAGUAAAAAAAGACUUUCAUAAAAGAGCAGCAGAUCCAACCUCGGAACAAACCAAAGGCUCACAAGGAGAGGAUGGGCAGAAUAACAACCUGUGAUGGACAGUACACCCUCUGCGUCUUCCUGGACAUCCUCGCCCCAGGUCAGCCACUUUCAUUCUCUACAUCCGAGAAAGGCUGACAGAACUGCUUGCCUCUCCACUCCUCACUGCCUUGGGAAUCCACAUGAGCAACUUCAGAAGGCGUCAACGUGACAUGGCAGAGAGGUUCUCUGGGCUGUUGGGCUUUAGUUUUAGUUUCACUGCUGUGUGACCUUGAGCAGGUCACUUAACCAGAUCGUCCCUCUGCUUCAGCUUCUCCAUCCACAUGAGAGGGCUCUCCUAGAUGAUACUUGCUUUUUUUCUACUUCCACCAUUCUGUUACUCUAAGCGGGCUUUAUUUUUAUUUUAACAGGAAGGCGUGGAUGUGAUUUAUUUUUGCACUUCUAAUUACACUGUGGGAAAUGGGGAUACGUGGAUUAGGCUCUUCAGAACUAGAAAAUAUCAUGAAGAGAUCAGACCUCCUCAGUUUCGCUGAGAAGGAAUAAAGGCUUCCCUCUGGAAAAGACGAAUGUCAGCCUAACUGGUGGAGUAUCAGUUUGCAAAGGCUCCUGGCGGGAACCCUGGGAUGGUAUACCCUAUCACCUCUUGUGUCAGUAAACAGGAGUCUGUCCAACACCCUCAGGGAUAUGAGGUAUGGGAAUAGAAAUUGGAGAUCAUGGGAAGAUUUACACCAUGGAAAUUGGCAAAUACUACAAGUAAGGACCUUUUUUCUGUUGUUGUUUUCUCCAGCAAGCAAAUUGUUAAAUAUUUCUUAGCGCCCAGCCAGUCUUCUUUUAGUAAACAAAUUCUUUGAGCUGAACCAUUCUCUUAAUAUUAUCAGAGGCUGGAGAGAAUCAGAAAGGAAUAUUGUCGCAAUGAAGGCAAAUCCACCUUGCAGUACAGAGCAACUGAACCUUAUACAGGGGUUACAGAGUAAAUGAGAGUGUGCCAGCAACAAAGGUAUCUGCAUCCCCCAAAGCUGGUGCCCAGUCAGUCACCCUCUGAUUGUGACACAAAUCACCAUUUUGGGUUUGUUCAUAUUUUCUCUCUCUUAUUUUUUUGUUCUUAUUUUUGGCUAACAUCAGAAGGUCUAAACUGGUGGCCAAAUCAUAAAUGCAUUUAAUGAAGUGAAUUAGACUUACCACCGGGGCAUGCCCAUACAUGUGAGAGGUCAGAGCGCAUGGAGACCGCUCCAGUUAUUUGAAAAAUAAUUGCAGUGUCACUCUUUUCCCUUUUCCUUGCCAAACACAGUUUGAUUCUCCAACAGUGAGGGAUGUUCGGGAUGUAACCCCGCCCUCCAGACACCAGGGCCUCCCCAGACGAGGUAACUUACAGAGUCAAGAAGUGAAGAGGGCCCUGGGGACAGUUUUCACCUCAGGCCACUUGGAUUCCAAAAUCUUCUCAUGACAGGACUUAUAGGCAUGCAGAGAUGACAGUCUGGGGACAAGCUGGCAGGUAUUCAUUGGGAAACCCAACAGACAGACAUCAGGAGGAGUAACAGAGAUACUGUCUGUAGCAGAUUCUAGAGGUCACACUGGGCAACUACCCUCGCACAAAGCCAGGCCUGGACUUUAACUCAGUGCCCACAUUUUCUCCUCACGAACCUAUUAUGUCCAAAUUUUGAAAUGAUUCAUCUCUCUACUAGAGGAGCAACUCUUUAUUUUUCUUAAGAAUUAAAAGCCAGAUCUUUUGUUUCAUUUAACUCCUUUCCACUCUAUGUUCCACAUACUUUCCAUGCAAUUUUGUGUUCUUCAGACGCUGUAAAUUCUUAGCUAGUACUUGCCCUGAUUCAGUUUCACAAAGAGGGGAAUGGGUUGAAAAGAGCCGUGAUAAGAAAUGACCAAUCUCUGUUCCAGCCUGGGGCUUGUUUGGACUCAAAGCUAAUGUGCUGGGAUCUUAUAUGCCCCAUGACCUGGCUCCUUCUCUGGCUGUGCUCGUGUAUGAUCCCAAAGGAGAUACUGGGUGAAGCAUAAAACACAGGGCAGUGAGUCACAGCAUCUCCACAGGGAAGGGACUCAUGGGCUCAUCGUUGCUAUGCUGUUUCGCAAGUCCAUCUGGUUCCUCACUGGGUCAGAAACCGAAAGCAUCUUCAGCUUGAGUGCCUGGCUUUGAUAUCCAGUGAGUUGCUUCUGUAUCUAGAGAUUUUGAAGACAUGAUGGUCACCUUGGUGACUAGAGCAGAAAGCCCCAGAGAUGGAAGUUGAUGUCCAGACCCAAUCAGCCAACAGAACCAAAGGGGGGGGGGUGUCUUCAGUUAGGGAAAAAAAAAUAAGACGUUGAAUCUCUCAGCACAGAACCACCAGCCAUAAUCACCACCCGCCACGGCACACUUUCAACAAUAGAACAAAAAUGUACCAUGACUGCGGGUCACUGGAAUCCGGACCCUUUUGUCUGAUUGCAGAAUUGCUCAAAGUUCCUUGCUACAGGGGAUCGUGUCUCAUCUAGAUUCAUGAAAACAUAGACUGAAGGCCGAGAAGCUUCCCAAAUGUGAUGUGAUGUGAUGUGGCAUGUGAUGUGGCAUCCCUCUGUCUGGAAUUCCUGGGCGUUAGAGAAGUGCAAAGCUUCCUUCCACAGGCAGCGCACCUGAAAAGGCUGCGCAAGUACUGAAGAUCAGAAGCAGAUGCUGGAACAUCCCAGUCUCCACGUGUGUGUCUUCACAGAGAUCUUAAGCCAAUCACAAGGCAGCCCUGGCUCCACCUGGGCUUCCAGGCAGGAAAUGCUCUGCUCUUGGCUAGCUUAACCUCUGGGAUAACAUGGUUCCGCCUGAGGUCAUUGCUAGGGCAGAAACAGAUGCCAGAUAGCUUGGAGCAUAGCUAAAUUAAUUAGGAUAAUUUAAAUACUUUGGGGCCCGAGUGAUAGCACAGUGGGUAAGGUCAUUGCCUUGAACGUGGCUGACUCAGGUUUGGUGCCUCGCUUCCCAUAGGGUCCCUCAAACCAGGAAUAACCUCUGAGCAUCGGCAGAUGUGGCCCUCAAACAAAACGAAAAUAAAUAAAUAGCGGCUAGGCUUCUGCUAGUAACAUUUUAACCACAACUUUUAGCCAGAGAGACUUCCUAGCUUCGUGGCUUUUUCUACACUGGAUGGAUGCCUGUCUUCAAGGAGAAGGAUUGGUCCCCACCAGCAGGGAGCAGUGUAGCUGCUGACAGUCACGCGUAGGUUUCCUUUCUUCAGAAGCUGAAUGAGCAGGCAUGAAACACACAGGGAGUUUCUUUCCACAGCCAGUUGCCCCAGUGAUCAGUCUGCAAAAGAAGCCCUUGUUUCCUACUCCGUCUGCUGUGGUUACUGUCUCCUAUAGCUCCGUGUGCCUGACUGACAUUCAACACUGAUGUGAAAAAUCCAAAAUUCAGUUCCCUGUGCCAUUUUGGAGGGGAAAUAAAUGCUUGUGUUGAGCUGUAGUGUCCAUCAUGUACUGUGCCUGUACGUAUUAAAGUCUAAGUGUCUUGUG